GAACUUUUUAUUGCAGUUCUGCCAAUACACCGCAGGGCUAUGUUGGAUUUUUUUUUGUUUCUGAAGUCUAUAUACAGAAGUUGUUUUCAAGAUAAAACAAAAUAUGACGGUGUUGUAAAAUUGAAAAUUGAAAAUUGAAAAUUAAUACAAUUCAUUGUUUAUUCGUUUUUAUCGGAUAUUGACUGACAACUAAGCACACUUGAAAAGAUAUAAAAAUAUAGAAAUAUCAGCUAUGUAUUAGAAAAUUGUAAAAACUAUUCUUUCAUUUCAUUAAUAAUUCCAUUUCGGGCGUAAUUCCUCAAAAAUUAUGUAAUUGAGAAUGUUUAGAAUGAAUUAUCUUUUGUGAAUAAUACUCAAGUUGAAUAAUACGGAAAUUAUACAAUUCAAAAAUUGACUUUUCUGAGAUAAAACAUUAAAAAAAUAAAUAACAAAAAUGAUUAUAGACAAUCAACCAAGCAUAUUAGUUCGUUUAGUUCAUUCAGUUCCACACAUAAAUGUUACUCUGAAUCGCGUAAACAGUACCUUUGAUCCGAAAAGUAUAAUCUACAAAGAAAGCUUGGGAAUCUUAGCGUCAAUACCUGCAGGACUGCUAUUGAUUUCGUUGAUUGGACUUUUAUUAUAUUUGCUAACGCGAUGUUGUGACCACACAACAAGCAAGCUUCAAUCUCAAGCAUGCCAGAAAUUUACGCUAAUAUCAACCACCUUAUUUUGCUGUGCUGCGAUUGGUUUGGGUCUUUAUGGAAAUGAUGACUUCCACAACGGUUUUUCGCAAACACUUUAUUCAGCUCGCCAGAUUGAUGGAUUAGUAUCGAAUUUUACAAAUAAGACUGAAAAAUUGAAGCAUGAUAUUCGCAGUAAAGUUUUGAUGUAUGAUUUAGAAGAUGUAUUUGAACGUCCAACAUUCAAUCAGACAGCACUGAAAAUCCUUCUUGACAAUGUUAUAUUGGUGAGAGAAAAUACAACACGUGCAGUGAGUUCAUUAGAAACAAUUUUAUAUUUGAUAAGAACGCCACAACACCAUUCUUUAAAACAAGUAUUGGGACCUUCAGAGAUUUUUGAAAUUAUUCGGUAUCCUGCUACGCUUGGAUUUUUGGCUUGUCUCAUACUUCUUUGUGUUAUUUUAGUAAUUGGCGUUGCAAGAAAUUCGCGAUGUAACUUAAUUUUUUUUAGCGUUGUUGGACUCUUUGGAAUCAUUAUAUGUUGGCUUCUGUCUGGAAUUUAUUUGGCCAGUUCCGUAGCAUUGGGAGACUUUUGUAUGCAACCAACAUCACAUUUAUGUAACAAAUUUGCGAGUGAAUAUCCCAACGACGUCUAUUACUUAAAUUGUGGAAGUUUACGUGAGAGAUUCCGUAUGCGUUUGAAUGAAUCGAAAGAAAAUAUCGAACACGCCAGCACUGCAUUUGAUGAUGUGGUUCGUAUGUCAAAAGAUUUAUAUCCGCGAGCAGAAAUAUCUACAACUACUGAUCAAAUACUGAAUGAACUCAAAGAAAGCCGUUAUGUACUCCAUGACUUACUACAAAUGCUAGAUCAUCAUUCUGUUCAUCAAUAUUAUGAAGGUGCUAUAAAAGGUUUAUGUGAAGGUGCUUUACUUGGCUUGACUUUGAUGACAGUGGCUGCUUUGAUUACAGCAUUUUUGCUUACAUUACUGGUGUGCGUAGAUUCUCAUACGUGGAUUUAUUUAAGUCAAAGGAGAAAAUAUUCCGAUAAAGCUGAAGCUACGCCAUUCUUGAAUUCAGCUGCAAGUGGAUCUCCUUUAGCUGCCAAUCAACAAAGUGGUACUUCAAAAGUGAAUAGAACUCUUUUGCAUCAUCAACAAAGUCAUGGAGUAAAUGGAACAGCACGAAAAACUUCUGGAACAUUGAGAGGGUUGGCAAUUAGUAGUAAAAUUGAAUCACCACCACCAGAAUAUAAUUUGGUGCAUGACACCAGAAUUUCAAAUGGACAUCAAACUCUUGGUCGCUUACCUUCACAUCACAAUAGUAACUAUGCCGCUGGACCAAAUAACGGAAAAUAUGCUACUUUAAGUAAGCAAUGUAAAACACUUGAAUCCAACGACUUUUACUGAGAAUCAUCUGCCUGCUCCAUCGCAGGCAGCACAACAAACAAAACAACAAAAAAAUACGGUACAUUAACAAAAGCAAAAUCAAGUCUAUCAAAUAAUUCAAUCGACCGUUGUGAUUCAGAUUCUCGAGAAAUUCCUCUUAAUGGUUUUAAUAGAUUCGAUCCCAAAUAUAUCAGUAUAGGGCCAAAAUCCCUACGAGAUUCAUUACUAACAUCAACGAAUUUGAACAAGUGCGCCACUUUACGACAUGGUGGUCGAUAUGGCGGAAGUCUAACCGAGCGAGGAAUGAAUCCAGUCUUGAAAAAAGCAUCCCCCCCCAAGCGUUACUACAGUUUCCAAAGAAUAUAAUGCACAACAUCAAAAUUCAUCGAGAAUAGUCAACGCUAGUACACUGAACCAUAACAGUAACAACGAUAUUAUUAAAACUAUUUAUGAUGGUUCCAAUACGUCUGUAACUAAAGCGGGUAGUUGUUUUGUUUCUGGAUAUGAAACUGACAACGGAACAACGUUUCCAUGCAAAGGAUCUACUUUCAAACAUUCCAAAUUCGAAAACGGAUCGACAGCUGGUAACUGUAUCGCAAUUGAUAAUCAAAAAAAUUCUCGAUCUGUAUAUAGCAUAACAAAUGAACCACCUCCAUAUCCGACGAUUACAAAACCAUUACAAUUGACGAAAGUCCAACAAAUUAGUAAUCCAUCUAUACCAGUAAAACAUGUUCAAGAGCAACCGAAUCUUCCCAUCAAACAAUCGCAUAUUAAAUUAAUUUCGGCACCGGAAAAAAUGUCUAUCAUAAGUCAACCAUUACCGGAAAUACCACCAAAAAUAAGCCAAAAUCAUCGAAAUCAACAACUUUUAUCCGCCUCCAAUCUAAACAAGUAUCGUUCAAUAAAGUCGGUAUGUAACGUAGAGGUGAAUAGUUUUACUUCAAAAAAUUCGCACAAUAUAUAUGAUAGAUCAAUUCAGGCAAAACGCUCAAUGCCAUCUAUAAUUAAAUCAAAUAAUUCACCAAAUCAAAUCAGUGACCAACCACCAAUGCUUCCUCCAAAAAAUCGAAAUAAAGAUCCACAUUUUAGUAGACCAAGUUUGAAACAAAAUAAUUUGAAGCAUCCCCAAUUUCACACUGGGACAAAAACUGGUUCGCAAAAGACUAUAAAACAUCUGUCGGAUGAUCGAGAUAGAAAAAGUGGAAAUUUUCCACAUCCCACAUAUAGUACAUUCGGUUACGAAUAUUCCGUACGUGAAUUAAAGAGCUAUCAAAUGGACUCCGAAAGUAAUCGACAAAUUAUAUCUCAAAGUUAUGAUUCAAGUGAAUGUGGCGAUGAUCAAAAUAAACAAUCGAAAUUUCGACAACCAAUUCACUCAACGUUGCCAAGUUCAAAAAUGCAUACAUCACGAGGAACAAACAAUGUUGAUAUUCAUAGUCGAGGAAAUGAUUAUCGUUAUUAUGUUGAAAGCAAUAAAGCCAAGUCUCAUAAUCAAUCUUCAAAUUCCACAAUUCUGAAUCCAAGAAGAUCAUCUAGGGACAACACGCAUUCAACCCGUACUAUACAUACAACUGGAAGGCCAUUGAACGUAAAUCUUGGAAAUUGUACGGACUAUACAGGGUAGAACUGCUCUUGUGGGGGCGACGGAAUUCCAAAACAUCGUUCCCACAAAUGAACUAACGCAAAAACUGAAGCAAUUUUUUUUUUCAAAAACGUCGUUAUAUUUCAAAUUGUAUAAUAUCAUUCAAAUUGAUUCAUUUUAAUCUUAAUUUAUACUUAUUUUAAUAUUAGUUAUUACUACAAUUAACUAUAUAUAUAUCGUAUUCGUAACUUCAAAUAAUGAUAUGGUUUACCAUAAUAUAAUUCUCACUCAAACAAAGAACGUUUGUAACUAAUUGAAUGUAAAAUAUAUUUUACAUUUUACUAAAUUGCUAUAACAAAAUUUUUUCUAAGUAAUCGCUAAUUACUGAUAUCAGUUUAAAUGAUGAUUGUCUGUGCUUAACCAAAAGCUCAUUCGAGCAAAAUUGCGACAUUUUUUUUAUUUGUAAAAAUACGUUACCAGAAAAAGCGUAAAAGACA